CAUUGCCAUCUCCUUCCGUACCGAUCUGCUUGUCUGUGGCUCAGUCCGGCCUCACACCCUCCACAGGGGUGUCAUCAAUCUCCCGAUAGCUCCUCUGGAGCAUAAGACACGCGUUCACUCAUCGCAGCCAUGCUUCGUGGACCUGCCAGCCUAGUACGGCAGCUUGUGAGCGGAGCCCCUUUACAGCAAGCAAGAGUCCCACCCACUGCUGCUCUUCUGCAUUCACAUUCAUCAAUACCCCGAGGCAGGGCAGGCAUUCAGGCCUCAUCAUAUCGUCAAAGACGCAGUAUACGGCCACCGCAGUCUGCCAGUAGCUCAUCGAAGCCUACAGGCAGAGACGACGACCCUUACGAUGCUGAGCAAGAGAAGGAGCGGCAGCGGAUAGAGGCCAUCCGCUCUGCCAAUGAGAGAUGGCCUUCCUGGCUACCUAAGCCGGGCUCUCUGGCUCAGGCAAUGGAGGAGUCGCAAGCUCGUCAGAAGUCGAGGAAAGACAAGGACGAGGAAGAAGUAGAGCAAAUUUUUAUUCCACGGGAUUCACGGCAGCACUCCUCACAGAGACAAGCAGAUGUUGACCCACGGAGUCGGCUCGAGCAGGAGAUACGCGAACGCAUCUUCGGUCAGAGAGGUGGCAACGCUACCAGUAGGGGUCCAAUAGGCGGCGGCAGCGGUGGCUCUGGCCCGCCUCCCCAAUAUACCUGGCCGACAGCUAGCCGCUCAGGGAAGUCUCAAUCCGACAACCAGCACUGGAUUCACACACCUGGGGGCAGAGCAAUGGCACUGGUCUUUGUUGUGGGUGGAGGUAUAUACUACGUGGUCCACCUCGAGCAAGUGCCUUACACUGGUCGCAGGAGAUUCAGGGACGUCAGCGAAUCCGAAGAGGCCGACAUGGGCAAGGAGGCCUUCGAGCAAGUGAUGUCUCAAUACCGUGGCAAGAUCCUGCCCGCAAAUCACCAGUAUUCUGUGAUGGCGCGACGGGUUGCCACUCGCAUCAUUAGAGCUGCUGAAGAUCUACACGGUCUGGACUUUGCUGAUGUGGAGCAUGGGGAUGCUGCAAGUGAUCCCAACGAUACGACGUAUGCUCGUGAUUCGGUCCGCAACACCAAAUGGCAGGUCUUCGUCAUCAACGAUCCGUCCCAGACUAAUGCCUUCGUUCUGCCUGGUGGUCAGAUCUUUGUUUUCACUGGCAUCCUCUCCGUCUGUGGUGGCGAAGAUGGCUUGGCAACAGUAUUGGGCCAUGAGGUAUCUCACAAGCUCUGCAACCACACUGCCGAGAAGACGAGCGGUGUGAAGAUCGUGCGCUAUCUGGGCUUCGCCCUCGCUCUUGCCGGCCUCGACUGGGGCAUCUCCAACGUUGCCCUGCAAUAUUUGAUGAGCUUGCCCAACAGUCGACGACUUGAAGUGGAAGCGGAUGACCUGGGUCUCAAAUUGAUGAGUCGGGCGUGCUUCGAUCCUGAAGAGGCCCCGAAGCUUUGGUGAGUAAGAGAUGCCCUAUAACGCUGGCUCCGCGGACACGAGAGCUGACCAUCGCCCCAACUUGUGUCUCUUCUCGUGUACACAGGUCUCGCAUGGCUCAAAUGGAAGGGUCGGGUGUUCCCACUAUCAUGUCCACCCACCCUCAA